AGUGUUUACAUUCACAUUCAACUCUCUCUAGGCUGAAAUUAAUAGCUAGAUAAAAACCGAAAGCACUUGAAUUUGUCCAGUCAGCAACGAAAAAAUGAAAGCAACGUUACUUUUACUGCUAGCAAUCAGCUUUUAUUCCUGCGUUAGCGGGAAAAUAGUAAAAGCUAGAUUAGAGAGUUGUCCGGGAUGUUCCCUAAACAGAUUGCACGAAGUCAGGAAAUUCGCCUACGAAGACCUGCCCAUGUACGAAGGGGUGGAAUGGAAGAAAAUAUCCGGAGCGCCACCGGAAUUAGUGUUUCUCGACGAGAACGACAAAGAAGUGGAACGGUACUUCUUGAAAGAAUUGAGUAGGAAGGAGUGCAACGGUUUGUUGCAACAAUACGGAUUCAAACAAAAGUCCAAAGAACUUUAAUACUCUAGAUCUUUUGUAAUUAAUUAACCUAUAUCAUCAAUU